GUGAACAAGGAAGUGCCUACAAGGGUGACGCGCACAUCAUCCACCUGACAUCGUUUCAUAUGGAAUAACAUAUUUUAGUUGUUGGUAUUUUACGGUUGUCUGUCAAGGAUAUUUUAUGCAUAAAAAAUGUCGAUGUCAACAUUUCAGAAAGUGACGCUGGCGACUUGUCUCGUGCUAUGCGUUGCUUUACUUCUUCCUAAAAUGCUGUUGUCCCGUGGGAAGAAGGAUGCUGCACACACUGAAGGUAGUCCAGGACGCUUUCCACCAAUGGUGCAUCGGCAAAUGGCUCCGGACAGCCAAGGACAGAGCACUUUGGGGUCCCAGUUCUCCAGGAGCCACAACACUGAGGCCGUAGCUAGGGCUAAGGGAGGAGGCACAGGUGCAGGAACUGGAGGGAAAUCCAACCUGGCUGGACAGAUUAUACCAAUCUACGGGUUUGGUAUUUUGAUGUACAUUCUCUACAUAUUAUUCAAGUGA